AUGGCCUUAACAAUUAAAUCCAUUCCUCCGAAUUUGUACGUCCUGUUCAACAACAGACGUUGGAUUCUAUAUGAGUUCCCAACACUCGUUGUCCGCUGGUUAAUAAAACGUGGAAGCAGGACGCCGCCUGUUGCGCUCUCUGUCGCACUCACGGGUCUAACGCGAAGGCAUGUGAAGCACCAAUGUCACCUCCCCGUAAGACCCGUCAGUGGGCAUGAGCUAGCCUCCCACGGGCCGAUACCACGGGCGUCGAACAAAAACGCCGCGCAAUCCCGCGAACCGCCCGCUCCGCACCGCAAAAGACGCGCGCGACCGCAAGUGCCCCGCUCGGUCCACUCGCACCGCGCCGUAAACACGCGC